UUCCUUAAGGAUCACAAUCUUAAGGAAUCCUUAAAGAUCGAUUUUUUAGUUUGAUGGAAGAAAUGGUGCUUAUCCAACACUUCCAUCAAGUUAUGCUUAUUCACCACAAAUGAGAACAAGAGAUCAGCACUACGUCGAGCAAAAUUUUUCGCAAAAAAACGCAUUUAUUAAUAAAAAUACAAGUUUUAAAAUAUAAUUCCGGUCUAAUAUAAUGAAACUAGGUCACUUGUUAAUAAGUUUAAAGUAAAUAGAAAGGCAAUUUUUUCACAGUUUUUAUAAUUCCAAGUGAAUGUAAAACGAAUAAUUUGAUAAUGAACGCGUAGUCAUGUGGAAUUUCAUUGUUAAUUGUUAUCUAUAAAACUGGAAAUAUUAUAUUUUAUAGUAUAUAAUAUUUAAUUAUAUAUAAUAAUUAUAAUUUUACUGUACUUUUGGAAGCGAAGUGGCAUUGGCUUAACCAUUUUGAUUCAUGUUAAUGUAAUACUAAUAAUAAUUCAUUUAGCCUUUCAGAUAUGAAUAUGUGGAAAAUUCCUUUCUACCUUAAAAAAUUGAACAAAUACUUCUCUUGAUUUAUAAAUUACAUAAAGUCAUGACGCUCCGGCAUUUCCCGUGAUCUUUUCUUCGUGAUUUUUUCAUACAAUUUAGCUUCGCUCCACCUUUUAAUAUUCCGAUUUGGUUGAUUCCACUAAUUAUUAGGUCUUUUCACCACUGAUUCAAUUGUUUAUAGAGAAAUAUAUAGGACAUUCUCAA